AUGGAGAAGGAAACACACAAUUCGCUCGCUCUCAACAUUCCUCCAGGAAAAUCCGGGUGCGAGAAGGAACAAACCCCCAUUAGAAAUACACUUCCUCCGACUGGUAGCACGAAUAAGCAUUUUGCGCCCCAAGCAACGGGAGAUGAACCACGGGAAGGGAUUGGGCAUUUUACGCCCCAAGCAAUGAGAGAUGAACCAUAUGUAGGGAUUGGAUCAAUAACCGAGACAUUGCUUCAGAGCCACUCUCGGUCCGAAUAUGACUCGGCAACCCAAAGUAAAUUUGAGGAUGAAAGAAAUAUUAUAGCCCUUCUUCAACCCUUUUCAUCGUUGAUAUUAGACGAAUUAUUGGAUUUCUACUUCAAUACUUAUUCUCCUCGGUUCAAGGAAAAUCCCGAGACAGCGCAACCGGGAAACGCUACAUCGAAUCCACAAGACCCCAUAGGUAGCCAAAAGGGAGAAGGGAGUUACAAGGGCUCUAAUAAUUCGAGCCAGCUUAAAGGGAAACGUUGUAAUGAUAAAAGACAAGAAGAUGGAGAUAAUCUUCCCCCCACCAAAAAGCAUCGUCCUAACCCUUCGAGCAAGAAAGGGGUAAAGCAGCACUUCCGCCGCGACCACGCGCCGUCACUGUACUGCCCUACGUGCUGGGAGACAUUCCGCAAACAGUGUAAUUUUGAGAGUCAUGUUCAAAAUCGGCAGUGCUCUUCGCGCCCCAAAAUGAAUAUCAUAGGGAUAUCCCCAGAAAGGCUAAAUCUGCUUCAACGUCGAUCCAAUAAGGACCUCUCAAAACAGAAGCAAUGGUAUGAAAUCUGGAAAACACUCUUCGACGACGAAACCCCCCCAGCUUCUCCAUAUCUGGACAGUGAUCUAUCUCGUGAACUCCUUUUAUUGGAAGAUUUCAUGAUGACGACAGGACUCGAUAUUGUAGAGCGGAAGGCGCGAGAACAUAUUUCGCCCGAAUUAGCGCUCCACGAUGAUGAGAUUAUAGCUUUCUCGCGACGUCUAUUCGAAGAUGCGUUACCGAGAAUUAUUAAUAAAUAUAACAAAAGCAACAACGAUGAGCCUUCCGAUGAAUUCGACUUACCUAAUCCAAGUAAUCGCGAGUUUGAUCUCGACUUUGACGGCGGUCUUUCGUCGCAAGUGAAUGCGGGUAUAAGCGUAUUACACGGGGGGGCAAGUGAGGGUAUCGCAAACCUGAGUAUUCCUCAUUCUUCGGGUGCUGGAUAUGUUGCUAUGGACAGCACCACAGGACUUGACUACGGGUUCAAUCCGCCUGACGAAAGCGCACUCCCCGCGAACCAGAAUAACCAGGCCUCUCCAUCACAGCAUUCAACCUCUGCGCUCCUAAACACGUUCCCGGAUCCGUCGUCCGAUGCUACCCAGAUGUGUUUGGAAGAACCCGCAGAGCUGGAAUUCAGCGAUGGAGAAAUUUUCGCAUUGGCAAACCACUCUGAAUUCUGA